GUGAGGUAGUAUAGAGCUGUCUAAACCGGCUUCCGAAGUAAUAAAAUUUGUGCCAAAAAUAUGCGUAGUCUAAUGCUAAUUGCUGCUAUUUGCACCGUAUUGAGCAUAUUGAUGCAUCGAUACAAUGCUGAAACACCAGUUACAACGGAAAAUCCAAAGAUGUCCAUUCAAGUCGUGAGAUACAUGUUUCGACGUGCUGCGCAAGGUGGCGGUGGCGGUGCAGGUGGUGACGCUGGUGCCGGCAUGGGUUUCGGUUUCGGUGCGAAUAUGGGUGGCCAAGCAGGCGGUGAAGGAGGUGGACAAGGUGGUCAUUGAAUAAGCGAUACUUCUGACAAGGAUUUUAUAUUGAAAAGGACAACGAAACUUCACAUAUUCCAUUCUCAUUCGAACUCACAAACUCAAAUACAUGAAAAUUUACCAAUAAUCUUACAAAAUAUGUGAAUGAUAAAUAAAGCAUUCUAAUCGCGCUAGAUAUCAGCGGCAAAUAUA